AUGUCUUACAAUAGGCGUUGUUUUGGUUCUUCAUAUGGAUGGUUAUUCACUAUGGAAAAACCUAUGGUUAUAGUUCUCUUAAACCCUUUCAGUGGAAGAACCAUACAUCUCCCAGAAUUAAAAGAUCCUGAAAAUGUUUACCAAUUUUGGGUUGAUAAAGAUGACCACGAAUAUUUUGUUUCUAAAGGUAUAUUAUCAUCUGAUCCUUGUUGGGAUGUCGAUAAUUAUGAAGUUAUAGUUAUUUAUAGUGGCCACAGAAAAUUGGCAUCUUUCAAAUCAGGUGAUGAAACUUGGCGAUUCUUCAACUUGAAAAAAGGUUAUUUUUUCUCUGAUAUUAUUUACUAUGAUGGUCAACCCCAUGCUAUCAACGAUUUCGGGGGUCUUAUGCAUAUUGACACUGUUAGUGGUGCUGGUAAAAUGAUUAUCAAGCCAACUCAGCGUAUGGAAUGUCAGAUGACUUAUCUUGUAAAAUCAUAUGAGGGAGAUCUAUUAAUGGUUCAAAAGUUUAUGGAAGAAAAUGAGCACGAAGACUUGCAUUAUAAGGUUUCGGACUUCAAGCUUUUUAAGAUGGUACAUUCAACCAAGAUGAGAACACCAUCAAGGGUCGAAAUCAACAGCAUAGGCGAUCAAGCCUUAUUUUUGGGGAACAAUUAUUCUCUGACUGUUUCGACAUCAGAUUUUUCUGGAUGUUCAUCAAAUUGCAUCUAUUAUACCGAUCAUUAUUUGGAAUCAGGGUCACUAUGUCCCUCAUGGUCCUGA